AUGGCGACCAGGAGCACCACUCAGCCGCGGACACACUGGCUAUACUGGCCACUCGAAGAUGUCGUCGCUCUCAAAUAUCCGAAUCAAGUCGACAACGGCAGCAUCAAGACUUUUUGUCUCAAAUUAUGCAUCUUCCCUAAUAGCGACAUCUUGCUCUUCAAGCCGCACGGGAGUGACCAACACGUAAUUCCCGUGCGUGAUAUAGCCGCCGCAAGCCCGGGCUUGCGAGACCACGGCGUUAACAGCAUCAUCGAGGAAAUGCUGCAGGCUCAGAUUCAGGACGACGAGCUUCCUGACUUACAGUAUCUGGACCUCGCCGGCAGCGAGCCACUUGUUGAGCUUCAGUCCUCCUUCAACGGCUAUGACAAGUCUGUAGUCAUGGACAGAGCCGUGCUCACAAUACUGCUAUCCUCAUCAAGCUCGUCGGUACGUGCUGACUCCGGCAUCAACGGUGCCACAUAUGCAUCAGUAACAAACACUUCCUUCAAGCCCGACGGAGCCCUAACCCAAGCUGUCGCGGACGAAGAGGGCUUGGAGAAGGCCAUUGUCAAGCGCCAGCAUUACAUCGACCAACAGCAGCGUUGGCUCACCGCCGAUGCCUAUCUUACGACUCUGCACGACUUCUGCUUCAAUACGAUCUUCGUCGCAUGCUACCUUCGAUCACGUGCAACAGGUCUCGAGUCGUGUACCUGGGGCUGCCUCCUCAGAAGGAAGACAAAUGGUCCUGGCCACGGGCUGUACAUCAUGCCUGCCACGGUGGCGGAGGCACACGCCGUCAAUCAGGGCGUCAACGGACCAGCAGAGAUCCAGCAUCGGGUUCGCCCCUCGGACGUAAACCUUACGCGGUACGAAGUCCUGGGAGCUUUCAAUAUCAAUGGUGGCCUGCGGAUGCACGGUGGGCGUCAGGAGUAUGCUCGCAUUCUGGUAAGCCAGACUGGCAGGAUGCAUCUAAGGUGGCUGCCCAGAAGUGGCAAUAAGGAUAUGAGGAUCUUGUCGGCGGCGGGCGUGCCUUGGCCGUAG